UUUACAUAACUAGUUUCAUGGAAAACAGAAUUAUAACUUCAACAUCUUUAGACUUAAGGCAAUCUGAUUUCUCCAGUCAUACAAGAGGAACUAUUCAUAAGGGAAACAAGGUUGAGAUCUUGAAGCAAAAUGGCCGCCCCAAGUUUAGAGAAGGAAUUUUGCUCUCCACCUGAAUUUAUCCAGAUGAACAACUUGGCCAGUGAAACUGUUGGAGGGAAGGUGUUAUUUGCAACUGAUGACUGGUUUGCUCCCGCAGAAAACCUAUUGAAAAAAAGUGAUCCGGAAUUUAAACCAGGUUUAUUUACAGACUUUGGGAAAUGGAUGGAUGGCUGGGAGACAAGAAGGAAAAGAAUUCCAGGUCAUGACUGGUGCAUAAUUCAGUUGGGUGUCCCAGGUAUUAUUUAUGGGCUUGAAGCUGACACUCGGUUCUUCACAGGAAAUUAUGCUCCUCGCAUAUCAAUUCAGGCAGCAUGCUUAGCAGAAGAAGAAAUAACAAUUAUUCCUAGGGGAGACAAAACUGGAACUGCUGCUUCUGAUCAGGAGUAUAAUGUGGUUGAAAAGCUAAAAUCAGAAAAUUGGGAUUAUCUUCUUAAAAUGACAGAGCUGAAGCCAGGAUACCCGGAGACAAGCCACAACUACUUUCAAGUCAGCUCACAACAAAGGUGGACACAUAUUCGACUUAAUAUCUAUCCAGAUGGAGGCAUAGCUCGUUUUAAAGUUUAUGGUGUUGGACAAAGAGACUGGACGUCAUGUAGCCUAAACUCUUUGGAAGACUUACUAUCAAUGGCCAAUGGAGGCGUGUGUCUGGGAUUCAGUGAUGCACAUUUUGGACACCCAAGGAAUCUCAUAGGAGUGGGAAGAGCAGAUGACAUGGGAGAUGGUUGGGAGACAGCAAGAAGACUGGACAGGCCGCCUAUAUUAAAGGCUGACAGUAAAGGAAUUCUUCAGGUGCCUGGAAAUGAAUGGACAAUAUUUCGACUGGGUCAUCCAGGAUUAAUAACACAUAUAGAAAUAGACACUAAUCACUUUAAAGGUAAUGCCCCAAAUUCUUGCAAAAUUGAUGGAUGUGUCCUAACUCCAAAAGAGGAAGAAGAAAAAAUCAAACAGAAUUGGAAAGGCCAUGAUUGGAAAUCUGUUCUUCCUGUUACGCAGAUCCACCCUCACAAAAGACAGUUCAUAGAACACACAUCCCUUACCCUUCAGGAGGUUGUAUCUCAUGUGAAGAUUACUAUAGCUCCAGAUGGAGGUGUCAGCAGAAUUCGGCUUUGGGGUUUCCCUAGACCUCCUCCCUGAAAUAUAAUUCUAAAUUACAUUUGUUGAAACAUCUGGAUGGGAAAAAUGCUUAAAGGGACAUGAAACGCAGCAUUUUUCUUUCACGAUUUAGAUAGAGAAUACAAUUUUAAACAAAAUUCCAAUUUACUUCUAUUAUCUAAUUUGCUUAAUUCUUUAGGUAUUCUUUGUUAAAGAAAUAGCAAUGUGCAUGGGUAAGCAAAUCACGCAAAGGCAUCUAUGUGUAGCCACCAAUCAGCAGCUACUGAGCCUAUUUAGAAUGCUUUUAAAUUAAGGUUAUCAAGAGAAUGAAACAAAUUAGAUAAUAGAACUAAAUUGGAAAGUUGUUUAAAAUUGUAAGCACUUUCUAAAUCAUAAAAAAUA